GUAUUGUUAUUAUACAUUUUUGUAUGUGUUGGUAUUUUUGUGCUACCAUAAUAUGUUAUGUAUGUGGUACCACUGUUUUAUGUGUAUUUGCGAAAUUUUAUAAUUUAAAUGAAAUCACAUGUAAAUCUCAGUUACACUUUAUUUAAAUAUAAAUUUUUGAUACCAUAUGCAUGUAGUGUAUUCGAAAGAAAGUAAAAGAUAGGUUAUGAAACAAUUGAGGACAUCAAUAUUUUUAGCACAAUAUUUUUAACAUAUAAACCUCAAUUAUUGAGAGUAUUGUAUUUAAAACUUGUAUAUUUCUUCAGAAUGAAACUUGCAAACGAAUUUACUUUUAUAUUAAGUCAUAUGUUUGCAAUUAUUUUAAUUGUUCAUUGCGAACAUGAGAACUUCUUUGAAGAUACAAGAGAUUCAGAAGAAUUAGUAGAUCCACAUUCAUUUUUUUAUGAUAAACACAGUAAAACUGUAACCAAAGAUAUAAAGAUGGACAUUAUUCAAAGCAAUGAAGUUAAGAAUGAACUGUCACCUUAUAAGCCCGUAGAUGAUCAUUGUAAUCAUGAAGCAACCGUGAUAUUUUAUAAGCGUCUUAUUAAUUUAUUAUUAUCAAAUAUUCGCAUAGAGGAUGAGAAUGAAGUGUUAAUAAAAGGAUCAAUAGAGAUUGAAGUAUCUCAUUCACAGAUAGAAAUACUAAAAAAUUUUCAUAUUGAGAAAACAUCUCUAAGGGAAAUUGAUGAAAUUUUGAGUAAUAUAAUACAGCAGCCUCAUUAUAAUUAUAUGUUUGGAGUUAUAUACAUGUGUGAUAUAUUACACAAAGGUUUUCAAACAGUACUUAAGACAGUACAAGAACAUCCAGAUGGUACUAUAAUUAUAUUUGCAAUGUUAAUGGUUUGUCUCACAUUUAAAAUGCUAAGACGAGGGCAAAAGCUACCCAUUUUUUAUAUCAUACAAAUCAUUCUUGUUUUGAGCUUUUUUAUGACUUGGUGGCAACUUAUGAAGGAAGCUGAAAUUAAAUCCAUUGCUGCACAAAUGAAAUUUUCAGAGGUACCAAUUUCGUGUCAACCAGAUAAAAUGAGUUUAUGGCAGAAGUUCAUUUCAUUCUUUUCUAAUGACGAUUGUGAGAAAUAUUAUGAAAUAAUAAUGUCUAAUCCAAAACUAAAAAUUACACCUGCAUUUGCAUUAUCACAUUUUAUUACCACUGUCAUACUUCAUCCGGUUUCACACAUGGGGACUGUUAUAUCUGAUUUCAUAAAUAAUGCUACAGAUAAUCUGCCAUGGACAUAUGGAUGGAUUGUAAAAUGUAUGCUGUUCUUAUGUGUAGGUUUUGUUAUAAUAAUGAUACCAUUUUUUCUGUCUGGGGCAUCAUUUAAUUUGGGCUUGGGACCAUUAUUGAGAUUUGGAAUUAGCCAUGAGGGGAAAAAUGAAAAAGGUAAUACAUUACGAAGUCUAGAAAACCGCGAACCUGUACAAGUAAUUCUUCAGGUGGCUCAUGGUACCGACGUACAGCAAAUACAAGACAUGCCGAAAGUCAAACAAUCGAUUACUCCUCCAGUUUUAAAAGAUUACUGCGAAGAAGAAACUAUUGCGAUAGAUAAUAUUCAAAAAAGUUAUGAUGAUCUAUCUUGCGGUGAUACAAUAAAAACUAAUAAAUUAACAAGUGAUCAUGAUGAGAAACUUAAUAAAUCUGAAAAACUAGAUGCAACAACAAUAGAAAAUAAAGAUGGAAGAGGAGAUGGUUGAUAUUUA